AUGGACGAGUAUCCUCCAUGCAGCUUGGACCAUUGCUUGCCCUUGGCUGUCGUCUUGGGCUUGCCCGCCAAAUAUGCCCAAGAAUCCUCUCUUGACUCUCAGUUCAAGGACGGCGCAACACUGAUACGAUCAGAACCACCUCCGGUGGAAGGGGACCAGGUCGGCGCCCUCGUACAACACAUCCGCGACUCGGACGCAUCUGGGCUGCCCUGGAACGGGAGGGACACCAGUAAUGUCAAGUACAAGUUCCGCUUUAGGACCACUGGGAGGACCUACCUGCUCCCGCCAAAGCUCGCCCGUCUGCCCGAUGAUUUCGAGAUACCACCAUCCCAGGCCGUGCUGCACUCGCCCUUCUCGCCCCUCAGUCCCACAGCGAAUCUCUAUCCCGACGGUCUGAUAGAUCAAGCAUGGCUCAAGAAGCAUCAGGAACUCAUCCCGAGCGUUUUGUUAUGCCUGUACAGCCUUACGGCAGAUGCUACCUUGGCAACCCUCCACGACAACAAGAUCAAGACUGAUAUAGGAGUUCUGAGGAACGCCCUAGCCCAGUCUGGCUGUAAAUCAAAAUUGUCUGUAAUAAUACUGGUCGACAACAAUCAUGGAGUACAGGAGAGGCUGGAGAACGUUCGGAGGGGCAGCGGGCUGGAUGCAAAGUCAUUCUUUGCUGUCCCGACCGACGCCUCGCAAGUUGAGCUCGAUCGCAUAAUGGACAAUGCCUUGACGACGCUUUAUGCACAGGCCAUCGAUUACUAUCGCGACCACGGCAGGCGUGUCAAAAAGAAACGAGGUCGUGGUGCUGCCCCCCAGCCCACUGUCCCGCCCACUUCCGGCACUUCACAGACACUGUCCCUUCCGGGAUGGCAUAUUCGGUACGACUUCAAAUCUGCCGUAUUCGCAGAGUACCGUCAGGAGAUGGACGUGGCGUUGCGUUCCUUUGAACAGGCCUACGAAAAUCUGCUGAGUUCCGAGGUCAUGGAGAUUAUACCUAGUUGGAGCCCACGAUGGAACAAGGCCAGGUUGCUAGCCGACAUCAUCGCUGUGCGGUGUUUAAGGUGUCUUCUGUGGAACGAUCAGCACACGGCGGCAGUCAGGCGCUGGCAAAGCCACCGAGAGAGGAUGGCUGAUUUCGUCGAUCGACAGGGGCACGGGACCAAUAACUACGGCUGGGAGGCUUGGGAAGCACGGUGGGCAGUGGUGAUGGCGAACCUCAUCGAGAAAGCCGACAUCCCGGAUUUCGAUCAUUCCGCCAUAAGCAUCUACUUGCCACCAGAGAAGUCUGCACAGGCAGAAAGAUUACAGCCAUGGGAGAUGUUACACCAUCCGGGCUACUGGUACCGUCUGGCAGCUCGACACACCUUUUCGCGGCGCCGGCUUGCUUUCAAAAUGCCCGAAGACGACAGGAGGUCACCGAGCGAGUCUCCAGCCUCCAAACUAGCGUCAAAGGCCUUCAGAUAUGACAGCUACAUGUGUCCUGAACCCUACGACGAGCUCCCUCUGGCUCGUUCAGGCAUCAAUCACUCUCAAAUAAUUCUGGAUUAUCUUCUUUCAGCACAAUCAUAUUUCAUGAAGAAGCAGCAGCAGCGCCUCGCCGCCGAAGUCUCCCUCGAGUGCGCCAAAGAGCUGGCCGCGGUCAAGGACUGGGCGAAUGUGGUGAAGAUUUUGCGUCCCUUCUGGGAGGAAUUGUCAUUCCGACGAGAUGGCUGGCCAGAGAUUACGGAAGACAUGUGUUGGGUGUUGAGAGCUGCAGCAGUGGAUACCGCGCAGGCUGAUCUAGUAGUGUCUAUCGACUGGGAGUUGUUGAACAACAGGUUCAAGAAGCAUCCGAAGUGGCACUACGACUUGAAAAAGUGUCUCGAGGGCGUCAAUGCGCCCAGACCGUCGAUAGAUCUGAAUGAUGAGUUAGGCACAUCGUUCAUCAUGCCUUCCUUCGUCUUCCGGCACGAGGAAGGGAAGGCCGGGCUCACUUGCCAGGCUCAGCUUUCCAUCACAUCAAAUGCGGUCUUGGGGUCCACGCCGAUCACCCUGGAGAGCAUUAUCCUAAGGUUCGACGGCAGUAUCAAACCCAUAUUACUAACUCACGCACAAGAAGGGGACGCCGAUGAGUCAAGCCGAGGGCCUGUCUCUUUGCAUGUCGUCUCGCUGGCCGAGUCCACGACGGAGACCGAGCAGGAAACUCAGGCCUCUGGAGAUCUCAGUGGUCAGUUGCAUCUCAGCGGUGCGAGCGACUUGACUAUGGUCCCUGGGCGUACGUCUGUUUUCGAGAUGAACAUUCCGUUGAGAGAGCCGGGCGAUGCAAGCGCUUCUUCCCUCAAAUUCACGGUCAACUAUGAUGCAUUCGCCUUGACAUAUACUACAAAUGUGCAGAAGGCAGGUACCGGGCAUGCGUGGCACACUGUACGAUCAAGCAGACGGAUCGCGCGCACUCACCCUCAGUCCAUCCGAGUCUUGCCCAGGCCUCCCAAGAUGGAGAUCAAAGAGGUGGAGUUCCUUGAACAAUACUACACGAAUGAGGUCAUCGAGCUUCCCUUUGACAUCGUCAAUGAGGAAGAGGUUGAUGCAACCGUCAAACUGGACGUCACGGUGCUUAGCGAGGAACCGCCGAAUAUCAAGUUGAAGUUUGGCGACGGGGAAGAAAAGAGGGCCUUGGCAGAUGGCGAGGAGUGCACACUUCAGGGGGCCCCUCUAGGGCUGAUCAAGAGCUCAGAGUCAUCGCGGAUCACAUUGGUUCUAACAGGCGCGGAGCGGACGGCGGCUUACACACUGACCUUGAAGGCGUCCUACAGCCUUGUAACCGACGCUGCCACCUCGAUCAUACAAUCUGCAACUUUCCGCAUCAAUGUAGCCAGCCCAUUUGAGGCGAAUUACGAGCUCCUUCCACGCCUCCAUCCGGAACCCUGGCCAAGCUUGUUCGACCACGAGGGAAUCCAGAAUCCACAGGCGGACACAUCUGGAACAAGUAACGGCCUUGCGCAGGCAUGGUGUCUUGUGACUCGAUACGCCUCAUUUGCGUCUGAGGAUUUGACGGUUCUGGACCUCGACAUUGAAGUUCAACCUGCGUACGGCGUGCAGUGCCAGACGUCGAAACGCCAGGCCCUGCCGCCCGACGGUCUACAAGUCAGCCCCAAGACUAUCGAGGAGACGCAGUUUGACGUCGCUGUCAAAAGGGCAAGUCUCGACGAGCGGAACCCGACGGGUCUCGACGUGUCUUUCAUCAUCAAAUGGGUCCGGCCCGGUGCUGCUACUGACGCACCCAAUCGAACCCUCCUCGCGGUCCCUCGCCUGCCCGUCUUCAACACGGAGCCUAGGGUCCUCGCGUCCGUAUCGUACGCCAAGGAUGAUGGGCAGGGGGCGCAGACCGUGCUCCUUGACAUCACCAUUGAGAACGCCUCGAACCACUUCCUCACCUUCGGGCUGACGAUGGACCCCAGCGACGAGUUUGCCUUUUCCGGUGCGAAGCAGACCACACUCAACCUCCUCCCAGUGUCCAGGAGGAUGAUACCAUACCGGCUGGUUCCCUUGGUCGAGGCUGGCAGCUGGAUCAGGCCGACCCUGACGGUGAAGGACAAGUAUUUCCAGAAGGUGUUGAGGAUCAUUCCCACAGACGGCAUGAAGACUGAUAAGGAUGGGGUCUUGCUAUGGGUGCCGCCCGCUGAGGAUAGAGACGAGGAUUAA